AUGUCGCAAGCAUACACCUUCACCGAGAUACCCCGCAUAGACCUUUCCCUCGCCUCUGACCCCGCGACGGAGCCGGUUCUUCUCGAUCAACUCCGGGAUGCGCUCAUCAACGUCGGCUUCUUGUAUGUUAUCAACCAUGGCGUUCCUCAAACAACGAUAUCAAGUGUUGUCGAAGCCUUGCCAACAUUAUUCGCCCUGCCCGCCGAAGCGAAGGAUGAGAUUGCGCUGAGGAAUUCCCCACACUUCCUGGGGUACAGCGGGGAUGGGUCAGAAACUACUGCUGGGAAGAGUGAUCGUAGAGAACAGGUUGAGUUCGCGACUGAGCUUGAAAAUGUGUGGAGGGAGGGUGUGCCUCUGCGAGAACGAUUGAGAGGACCUAACCAGUGGCCUUCUGGUUUCCCCGAACUGCGUUCAAUCAUCGAGGCGUACAUUGCUGAGAUGACAGGGCUCGGCGAGAGAUUCUUACACCUGGUCGCAAAGGCGCUAUCGCUGCCACCAGAUACAUUCCUACCGUUUCUGUCAGAUCAGCAUCGGCUCAAGCUCGUUCACUAUCCAGGGUUACCCGAGAGCGAGGCUGGAGGCCAAGGCGUUGGUCCUCACAAAGACUCUUCAGGAUGGUGGACAUUCUUACUGCAAGCUUCUCCGCCACAUAUCAAGGGUCUACAGGCCCUCAACAAGAAUGGCGACUGGAUCGAUGUCCCUGUUUUACCAGGGUCGUUCGUCGUGAACAUCGGCCAAGCCUUUGAGGUUGUUACGAAUGGGGUCUGCAAGGCGACGACGCAUCGCGUGCUUUCUGGCUCUUUAGAGAGGUUCAGCGUGCCCUUCUUCCAGGGUGUCAGGCGAGAGUUGACAAAAGAGGAGGCAGUUGGGACGUUGAGAGCACAUUUCGAAAAGCCCGAGAUCAGAGGUCUAUCACUAGAGUCCGAAGAAGGGAGGGAGAUCGACUCGGCCUUUCUGAAGGGCAAGUAUGACACGUGGGGUGAGAAUCAGUUGCGAACAAAGAUUAGGAGUCAUCGGGAUGUAGGACGAAAGUUUUACGCCGACGUAUUUGAUAAAUACGUCAAUGACGACCAAUAA